AUGCCGGGCUCUGCCGCGCUGGCCGGCGUGGUGCUCGGCACCUUCCUAGCGCUGGCUGCACCGACGUUCACUCCCAUCCACCGUGCCGGUUACUGUGCCUUCUACGGCGAAUGCGGUCGCAACCCGGAGGUGAACAUCUCGCUGGUGUCCUCCAAAGUGCCAUGCCUCUCCAACACGCCGGCGCGGGUGGCCACGGGCCCGCUGCUGGCGCUGCUCCGCACCGUCUGCCCCGAGCUGGUGCGGGGGAACGCGGAGACGACGCGGGUUUGCUGCUCCUUGGCGCAACUGAGCGCCCUCCAGCUCAGCGUGGCACUUUCCGGCACCGUCCUUUCCCGCUGCCCGGCGUGUGCCAGGAAUUUUGCCAACCUUUACUGCAACAACAUCUGCAGCCCCGACCAGAGCCUCUUCACCAACGUCACCCGCGUCAUCAACCGCACCAUGGUGCAGGGGACGCCCAAGGUCGCCGUCGUGGAGUACCAGUGUUUUUACCAGCAGUAUUUCGCCGACGACUCUUUCACUUCCUGCCGGGGCGUCCGGUUACCGGCUACCGGCGGUUACGCCAUCGAUACCAUGUGCGGGCGUUACGGCGCCCGGCUCUGCACCACCCAGCGCUGGUUGGAUUUCCAAGGGGAUAAAAACAACGGCUUGGCGCCGCUGCAGAUCAACUUCCAGCUGGUGCCCAACGGCACGCAGCCCGGCGAUGCCAUCGUGCCGCUGGGCGGGACGGCCUGGCGCUGCAACCAGGCUCUCAGCACCCAGGAACAGCCUUGCUCUUGCCAGGACUGUGCCGAAUCCUGCCCGCCGGUGAUCGCCCCCCCGACCCCACAGCCCCACUUUCUCCUGGGCAACGCCAACGGCGCCUUGGUCCUCUGCGGGCUGCUCUUCGGCCAUUUUGCCCUCGUCUUCGUCGUCGCCUUGCUGUGCCAGUGCCGGCGGGCCAAGAAGAAGGGCACCGCGCCGCAACCGGCACCUGCACGGAUCGCCAGCCGCUCGGCAUGCCUGAGCGACGCCAGCCACCGCGUCCUGGCGAGGGCUUUCCGCCGGUGGGGCACGCUGGUGGCCGGGCACCCCGUGACGGUGCUGGCGGUGGUGGUGGUGCUGGCAGGCGGUUUAUCGGCCGGUUUGGUUACCCUACGUCUCACCACCGAUCCGGUGGAGCUGUGGUCGGCGCCGGGCAGCCGUGCCCGGCAAGAAAAAGCCUUUUACGACCAACACUUCGGUCCUUUCUUCCGCACCAACCAGGUGAUCGUGACGGCACCAGGCCGGCCCAGCUCCGGCUACGAGUCGGUGGUGUUGGGCGCCAAGAACUUCAGCGGGGUGCUGUCGGAGGACGUGCUGCGGGCGCUGCUGGAGCUGCAGGAGCAGCUGGCGGCCACCACGGCGUGGGCACCGGUGGCGGGCAGGGAGGUGACGCUGAGCGAUGUCUGCUAUGCCCCCCUCAACCCUACGCAGCCUGGGCUGGCCGACUGCUGCGUCAACAGCGUCACCCAGUACUUCCAGAACAACGCCACCCGCCUGGCCAUGACGGCCACCCAGACCGACGGCAAGAAGACGGGCACCGUCGACUGGCACGACCAUCUCAUCUACUGCGUCAACUCUCCGCUCUCCUUCAAGGACAUCACGGCGCUGGAGCUGAGCUGCAUGGCCGAAUACGGCGGCCCCGUCUUCCCCUACAUCGCCUUCGGCGGCUACCCCGGCUCAGAGUACACGGAGGCGGAGGCGUUGAUCGUCACCUACUCCCUCAACAACUUCCCCCACGACGAUCCCCGCCACGAGUGGGUGCUGAGCUGGGAGCGCCGCUUCCUUGAGGUGGUGGGCAACUUCCAGCGCGCCCACGGCCCCAACCUCUCCGUUGUCUUCAUGGCUGAGCGCUCGCUGGAGGAUGAGAUCAACCGCACCACGGGGGAGGACAUCCCCGUCUUCGCCAUCAGCUACCUCGUGGUCUUCGCCUACAUCGCCCUGGCGCUGGGCGAGUACACGGCCUGGCGCCGCGUCCUGGUGGAAUCGAAGGUGACGUUGGCGCUGGGGGGUAUCGUCGUGGUGCUGGGUGCCGUUUUCGCCUCCAUGGGGUUCCUGGCGCUGCUGGGGUUGCCUUCGUCCCUUGUCAUCCUUGAGGUCGUGCCCUUCCUCGUCCUCGCCGUGGGCGCGGACAACAUCUUCAUCUUCGUGCAGGAGUACCAGCAGUCGCAGCGAGAACCAUGCGAGACGCGGGAGCAGCACAUCGGGCGAGUGCUAGCGCGGGUGGCACCCAGCAUGCUGCUCUGCAGCCUCUCUGAGGUCAUCUGCUUCUUUUUGGGCGCCCUCUCCUCCAUGCCCGCCGUCCGCACCUUCGCCCUCACGGCCGCCGUGGCCAUCGCCUUCGACUUUCUCCUCCAAAUGUCAGGGUUCGUCGCCCUGUUGGCGCUCGAUGCCCGGCGGCAGGAGGUGCUGCUCUUCCUCUUCUUCGCCUGCGCCGGGCUCUACUUCACGCUGCAGGUGCCCGUGGGGCUGGACCAGGAGCUCGCCAUGCCCAAGGACUCCUACAUGCUGGAGUACUUCGCCGCCCUGAACCAGUACCUGGCGGUGGGGGUACCCACCUACUUCGUCACCACCGGCGGCUACAACUUCUCCUCCCCGGCCGGCAUCAACAGCAUCUGCUCCAGCGCCGGCUGCGCCACCAACUCCCUCACCCACACCAUCCAGUAUGCCACGCGCUUCCCCAACGUGUCCUACCUCGCCAUCCCCGCCACCUCCUGGGUGGAUGAUUUCCUCGACUGGCUCAACCCCACCAGCCGCUGCUGCCGCGUCCACUGGUUCGGCAACCUCACCGGGGAGUUCUGUCCUUCCACCAGCAAUGACCCCAGCUGCUUCGGGGGCCAGUGCCUGAAUGCCACGCGGCGCCCGACGGUGGAGGAGUUCAAGCGGUUCCUGCCCUGGUUCCUCCAUGACUACCCCACCCUGCAGUGCGCCAAGGGGUAG